AUGGAAGCAGGGCAUCUGGCUUUGGUGUCAUACGGUGAAAUGCCGGUUGUGUGGCAUACCAGAGUGUUGCUAUCAAGGGUCAGCGGCAAUAAUUGGAUAAUUCUGACACCGGAUCAUGCCCGGUACGAAGAUCUGCUGGAUGUGACCAACCCAGACUAUGAUGACUUUGAAUACCUGGGAGCAUCCAAUGCUAUCCCAGCUCGCAUCCCAGCUGGCUCGGUGUACGGUUUUGCCCCUUUGGCCCCCGGAGAAUUGGCAAGACAGAUGAUGCUAGCCAAGCUCGAAGCCGAAGCGCUAAGACUCCAACAGAGUUUAGGGGCACCUGCGCCACCAAUGCCAGGUGUUCCCGUUGCUCCUCCGGUCCAGCCUGCUCCAAUGCCCCCUCCACCAGGAUUUCUUGGACCAGGGCCUGCCGCUCAGACACCACUUGCUCCAUCUCCAGCCGCAUGCUGGGUGACAAUAGAAUCUGGGGGCACUUGGAAGAAGGGAGAUGUGAUUGUGGUAGAGCCAGCUCCUCUGCCGCCUGGAACUUUGGUCUUGGGCGACAGGGCUGUUCUGGUAGAUCCGACUCUCCAGGGACAAGGGAUCUUUUUGAGAAGGGUUCCUCAUUCUCAGGCUCCCACCUACCAGCUCGAGGACUUUCGGGUGCUCCUGGUUCAGUUCGAUGCUCAGGGUACUCGGCGAAAAGACUUCAGCUCUGCGGUCCCCCUCAUGGUUGAUGGCAGCCCUAUGGGUGGUGGUUUGCAACUUGAGAGCCCUUCCACUGCCCUCAACGCCAAGAGCCUUCGCGAUCAGAAUUUGACGCCCACCACAUACCACGAGUUUUGGCUGAGGAAUGGAGACAUCCCACGUGGAGAUCGCAGCAUCUAUGAACAUGAUUGUCUAGAAUCUUUGAGGCUAUGGCGGAUGCAGGUGAUCAGAGAAGCGCACAGGAUUUGCCCUUCAGCGCCGGACUAUUCAUCAGCGGAUGUGUUCAUGGGCUGGAGGUAUAGACGCCAGAACCAGGGUGUCGAUUCGGGCUUGGCUGCGUAUGUUGCAAUGGAAUUCAAAAACGAUGCCGCCAUCGCCAAGGAAUCCAGAAAGGCACGAGAAGAACAACAACAACGCCACCAGAACCCCUCGAAGAAAGGGGGGGAGGCGGAGAUGCCAAGUGAAGUGGAGAGCCCUGGGCAUUUGGCAGCUGGGUCCACAGGGUUAUCAACGGCUGCAGCCUUGCUAAAUGGAGCUGGGCCCAGUUUUGAUUUUCCAGGUGCAUCGAUCUGCUCUCGGCGGCGACUCACCAAGGUCUGGAAGCUGGUGUCAGAGGCUAAUGAUAUAGUUGGCUGUUUGAAUGAAAUGUACCAUCCGGCAAAGAAGGGCUUUGAAGAUUUGAAAACUUCGCAAGCUCAGUCGUGCAGCCAACAUUCCAUUUACAAGCAACUUCAGCGUCGGACUCCAGUUCGACAACCAUGUACAGAGCGUGAGGCUGUCAAAGAGCUUCUGCCAAGAGGUGUCGUACAAUGGUGAAACAUGUGCGGCCACCAUGCGCCCAUAUGAAAGAGACCUGGUGUCUCUCCCGGAAUGUGGCUCUCACCUUGUGCCGCUUGAACAGGUACUGGAUGCCACGGGACGAGAAGUUG